AUGGUAGUGCCAUUUGUUAUACUUCUGUCAACCACCGGAAUGAAUAACGAUGUUGUAAAGUUGAAAAAGAAAAAAUUUAUCAAACAUGUUGUUACAAUAUCAGUUGCUAUCAGUAUACUAUUUGCAUUAAUCGUCGUUACUGGCGUUAUAUUAGCAUUUGAGUUGCCGCCAAGAAAUCAAAAAUUUCCACUCAAGAAAACUGAUACAGCAGACGAGAAAGAGAAUUGGAAACAUCAAGUGCAUGCUGUUUUUGCAGUAAAUUUAGUUGGCCCGAAAGAUAUGCGACUCAGGCGAUCUGCCGAAAAUAUUAAAAGAUAUACAUUGCAAGUGAUACGUUCACUGCUCUUCAAUUAUUAUGGUAGUGAUGCUCAAUUUGUCAUACAAACUUAUUCUGUUCCCGGGAAAACGACAAUUAGCGAUUUCUGCAAUGCAAUAUGUACAAUGCGAUAUAUCGAUCAGAUUGAUCAAGAUCAAGAAACUUUCAUCGCUGUUUGGCAAUAUUAUCGCUUUAGUUUGGGAAGAAAGCCAAGCCUUUAUAUUUUAUUUGUUGCCGAUCGCGCCUCUUACAGGGAUGAUGCUGUCUUCGAAAAGGAUAUGCUUGAAUCAAAUAAAAUAUUAGAAGAAACAAAACUUGCUAAUAAAACUGAAACAGUGUUUAUUAAUGAUGCAAAUACCUCUCAUUACUUCAUGUACAAUAAUAUUAUUAGCGAUGAAGGAAAUGUUUCUGAAACAGCUAAUUUAAUUAACGAUAAAUUGAUUUCUUACUACAGAAAUUACAAUGAAUUGAAUACAGAUGCAAUUAUUACAACAGUAACUGAUUCAUCACAAUUUGUUAUACCGUAUACCAUAAAAGAAACUGCUUCAAUGCCAAUUAUCGAUGAUGAAAAAAAUGGCGAUAAUAUUGAUAUUCAAAUGAUACCAUUAAAUGAAUUUGCUCCAUCAACUAUCAAAUUUCAUCGUAAUACAGAUAUUUUUGGAACAAAUGAACAAGAAACUAUAAUUUCCUCCGCUUCAUCCAUUGAGAAAUCAAGUGAGAAUGAGCCAUCAUCAAUUGAUAAUAUUCCAAAAUCAAUAUUUGAUAUGACCGAUUCAUCUGAAGAUGAUUUCAUCAUUGAGAAGACGAAUAUUUUCUCAAUUGAACAAGAUAAUGAUAAUGCUGCUCUGAAUGAUAAUCACUCCGUUAGCACUCAAUCAACAACAAUCACAUCACCAUUCCUGUGGAUGGGUAACAGUGAUAGUUUUGAUAUCGAUGAUAUGAAUGUUGAAAAAGUGAAAGAAUCAAUGAAUCAUUCAAUGCAAUUUAAUCCAUCUCCAUCUUCAACAGAUCAAACUAAAGACUUUGUUAAUAGCACUGCUGAUGAAAUUACAAGCAUCCGAAGUGAUAGUAUUAAUGAGCAUUCUACACAACGAUAUCAUCCAUUAACCGAGAAAUCAUCAUAUUUACAUGAAUAUAUUAGCAGUACAGAUUCUCCUACGACAAUUAUCGAAAUGUCACCAAAAUUUCAAAUGAAUGAUGAAGUUGAAGAAGCAAAAAACAGCGAAAUAUCGGACAAUUUAUUCAGUGAUUCAUCCAUACAAACAUCAUCAAUAGCUCUUGAAAUGGAAGCAAUCAUUGAUAGUAAAGCAAUUUCUGAGACAAGUCCAAGAAUCGAUAAUUCUGGAAAUCAUGACACAAUUCUGCAUGCAAAAUCACAUAUAUCUUCCUUGCCAUUAUCAGAAGAGUCAAAUGAUGUUAUAUAUGAUGAUGCUUACACUUCUACAACAGAUGAUGCAAAUUUUUCGACAGAAACGAUUAACUUACAUUCAAUAAAUUUGGAUUCAAUUACAAGUAGCACAACGAUAGUUCCGUUGGUUUUGUUAAAAGCAUCAACAAUGGAUGAAAUGAUUGUUGCUGAGGCAUUAACAUCAAUGGAAACGAAUGAAAGUACCGGAAGUACCACGGAAUCUCUGACGAGAAAGACUGCAACGUAUUUAGAAACGAGUACCAUUCCGCCAUCAGAUACUAAUGUAUUUACAUCGAUAAAUCUCGACGGAUUUUUCGAAAACGAUUACUAUACGAAUAUGUCGAAUAUACCGCAUAUAACGGAAACUGAAAGUAGCAUAAAACAAAUGGAUAAUGAAGCAUCAAUCUUAGAAGCAUUUCACACUAUUUCAAAUGAUAUAUCAAAUGAUAAAAGUGCAACAAUGACAAGUGAUUCUGAAAUUUCAAAUAUUUUUAUUCAAGAAGACAUAUAUCCCAGCAUCAGUAGUGAUAAGAAUAUGGAAUACUUCACCCCAGGGAAAAGCAAUUCAUUUCUUACCACCGAAUUUUCAACAACAUUGAAAAUCUUACCUGAAGAUGUAAUUAAUUUAUCAGGAAUACUAACCGGCACAGCAAGUGAACAAUUGAUAACAGAUAAUUUUCAAGAAUCUACUUCAAAUGAUUUAUCAUCGUAUGCUGAAACGUCCAGAGUAAUGAAAUUAACAGACUUAUCAGAGAUUGAAAAUAAUCUUUUUGUGGCUUCCAAAUUAUCAACAUUUGCAACAACGGAGUCAUCAGAUGAUGGAACGUUUGGUAAUUUCUUGACAAGAAGAAAUGAUGGAGCAAUCAUUGAUAACGAAUCAUUGGAUAUGCCUUCUACAGCUUUGAUUACUACAACUAUCAGUGAUAAAAUCGUUACCGCAAAUGGUUCUGCAUUUGAAUCACAAAUAUUUCCUGACAAAAAAAUUUUUGAUAUCAGUCUCGAAACUUCCACAAUAUCAAGUUUAGGCACGGAAAAUUUUAUUGAAACUUCAAUUGUUACAGAGGAUGCGAUAAAAGGAAUGCAAACCAGAACAACAAUUACGGAUCACGAAACUAAGCUUACAAGCAGAACAGAAACGAUACAACCAAUGGCUAUUUUCAAUAUAACACUAUCAGCUUUACAAUACAAUGCUAAAUCUUUAUCACAAAAUAAUCGAACAAGCAAUAAUUACAUUUAUCUACUUUUGGAUGAAGUAAGUUAUAAGGAAGAAAUGGAAUCAGAAUCAUUUGAUCCAUCAAAAAUUACUUCUUUCAUCAUAGAUAAUGAACCUAUUUCAUUUGAUGAUUUAGGAAGUGAUACAAAUGAAACAAACAAUGAUUUUUAUUUAGACGAUUCUCUCUCAUCGGUAGAUGAUACAAUGGUGGAAGAGAAGUUUAGAUUAGCAAAUUUAGCACUGGAAAAUAAACAUGAAAUGCAAUCUGAAUCGGAAGCAAUAACUACCAUAUCAACAGUUCUCGAUGGAUCAAUACAAGGAGAUGCUGUCACUGACUGGAUGAAAAAUGCCGAUCGUCAUCAUAAUGUUUUUUCAAUUGAUAGCAAUUCUGCAUCAUAUCAUUUCACGAAAAAUACAAUACCAAUUAGCCCAUUGGAGAAUGUUCAAUUUUCUGUAAUAUCACAUGAUUUUGAAGAAUUGACGAGAGAAUCUGAUGGCAACGCUUUAGAUCAUCAAGAAAGCAUAAAUACAACAGUAUCACAAAUAGAAAAUCUGAUCAAAUUUGAUUCUACUACUCGAACAUUGUAUGAAAAUUUCAAUGAUCCAAUUGCGAUACAUUCGAAAGCAUUGAAUGAUGCUGAAAAUCCGAGUAACACACUACCUUUCAAUGAUAUUUCUAGCACAUCAAGUCCCGAAAUUGAAGAAAUUGCUGCCAGAAAUACGAAUCACAGAAAGAUUGUUCAUCAAACACAGACAAUAUUGCAAGCAGAAAAGCCGACCAUAAAUGAUUCAUCGUUAUCAGUUAUAUCAACGAUUCAAUCAACUUCUACUUUGAAGCCAAUAAUAGCUUUUUCUUCUGAUCAAAUUUUCCGACGUGAAUUAAGUACAAAAUCGGGAAAUUCAUAUUCACAAUCUGAAAUUGAUAAAAAUACCACUGAGGUUAGUAAAAAUGAAAAAUGGCAAAGUGUUACAGAGGAGAAUAAUAAUACUAUUGAUACUUUUCAAACAUCAUUUACUGAUAUAAUAUCCUCAAUAACUGCUGCAAAUUCAUUUAUCCAGCAAAAGGUCAAUAUGGACAAGAAUAAUAUCACUUCAGUUAAUACUGUUAUCUUGAAUGAUAAACAAAAUGAUACCUCUUUUACUGACAACAGUAUCUCUUCAUCAGUUACAUCUACUCUGAAUAAUCUGACUGAAAAUUCUCAUGCUAAUAGAGAAACUUUUCAACCAUUUUCUGGAAUUUUUAAAAAUACUGACUUUUCGUCUAACAGGAGUGAUACUAUCGAUAAUUUCACUAAUUGA